AUGAACAAGUAUCUACUCGGUGUACUAGUAUUGGUAUCAUUUUCAAUUCUAACUUUCAAGCAAACCACCGCUAAGGUGAUUAUCAGUUCUGGUGAAGGUACUUUUGCUUCGAAAGAUGCUGGAAUAAAACGUAUUACAAUGCAAAAAGUCUACCGUGCAUGUAAUGAUAAUACUACUCAAUAUAAAUGUAACAUAAGAAGAAAACAUACAAAUAUACCAAAGACAAAAAGAUCCGCAUCAGCGAUUGAAACAACACUUGAUGAAUAUGGGGGUUUGUAUUGGAUGGGUUUAAUAACAAUUGGUACGCCAAGUCAGCCAUUUUAUACUGUUUUUGAUACGGGAUCAUCUGAUCUAUGGAUUCCAGGCGAACAAUGUGGCACUGCAUGUGGUGGUAAUCAUACAUAUAAACCUAGUUUAUCAUCAACAUAUAGAGCAUGGAAUAAAACUUUUCAAAUUUUGUAUGGUGAUGGUUCUUAUAGCACUGGAGUAUUUGUAAAUGAUACAGUGAAUAUUGCCGGAAUAUCUAUUACUGGUCAAUCAUUUGCUGUUAUUAAUUCAGCUUCAGGUGCGAGUAGUAGAUUAUUUGACGGUAUACUAGGUUUGGGUUAUCAAAAAAUUGCACAAGGCGGUGAAAAUCCUGUGGUGUGGUCGAUGUAUUUGGCUGGAAAACUGAGUCUCCCAAUUUUUUGUUUUUGGUUCGGACCAGUAUCGACUGGUUCGGAUACAGGCGAAUUAAUUUUAGGUGGUUAUGAUACAACAAAAUAUACAGGCUCUUUUACGUAUGCACCAGUUAGUGUUCAGGGUUAUUGGGAGUUUAUUGCUGAUAAUGUUAAGUUAUCAACUGGAUCAACUACAAAUGUAAUAGCUAAUUCCAUUAGCGCUGUUUUGGAUACGGGAACGACAGCUGCCAUGGUAGUUCCAACAACUUAUUUAAAUGCGAUAAAUACAUUAUUAGGAGCUAUAUACGAUUCAAACACCGGAUGGUACACUGUCAAUUGUCAAACAAAACCUUUAUCAGCUUUUCCAAAUAUAACAGUUACAAUAAGCGGAGUUCCAUUUACACUGACGCCAUUAAUGUACCUUUUUAUUUAUGUUGGUCCUUCUACAUAUAAAUGCUUUAGUACGAUUCUCUCAUCGGACGCAAAAGAUCAGCUUGGAAAUCCAGUAUGGAUUUUUGGAGAUUAUUUUUUAAGACGCUUCUAUAGUGUAUUUGAUAUGCAACAAAAUCGAAUCGGAUUAGCUUUAUCAACUUCCUAUUCAAUUGUGCAAGCAGUACCCAGUACCUUAUUUCAGACAACUACGACCGUAACUCCUUCGUCAACAACUACAACAAAACCUUCAGCAACAACAUCAACAACAACGACUACAUCAACGGCAACAACUACAUCAGCAACAACAAAACUAUUAAUAACAACUACAUCAGCGACAACAAAACCAUCAAUAACGACAACAGCUCCGCGUGUUAUAACUUCAUUAGCACCAAAUACAACCUGUCUUGUUAAUAUUCCAUCAUCGGUCUUAAUCUAUAGAUCAUUAUCUAUAUCUAGUCAAGCAACAUAUCUUAAUGAUAUUGCUUUAUGUGCUGGUGUUGGUGUUUUAUAUUCUAACUGGGAUGGUGGAAACUCUUAUUUAGAAAGCAACGCUGUUAUUUAUGGUAGUGGGAAUAAUCACACACUUUUUCUUAAAGCCAGUUCGCGUUACUUUUGCCUAACUGGUGGAUUUCAUACUGUCUAUUACGAACAAGGUGCACAAUUUAAUGGUGCUGCAUAUACUCGAUUAUGUAGUAAAAUAAUAUUUCAAUAUCCAUCAACAGCAACUUGUUGA